GAAUUUCGAGAGUUUUGUGUCCCCCCAUGUGUUUGAUUACAUAAAUUCCAAAACUAAUAAAUUUAAUUUUUUCAUUAAAAAUCAUUAGACAGCGCAAACAAAAUCAAUUGUUCUUGCAUUUAUUAAGUGAAUAAUCUAUUGGAGAUUGAGAUUUAACCCAACAGUCAACAGCCUAGCCCAUUAAAUGAAGUUUCCUCUCGCCAUUGGACGGAAUUUCAAGUGUUCUGCUGUAUCGCUGCAAUUAAUUCGUGAAUUUGCCAGCAAAAAGAUGGGUCUACCGCGAGUUUAUUUCGACAUGUCCGGAGACAAUGCGCCCAUUGGACGCAUCGUGAUGGAACUGCGUUCGGAUGUUGUACCGAAGACGGCGGAAAACUUCCGUGCUCUGUGUACUGGUGAGAAGGGAUUCGGCUACAAGGGAUCCACCUUCCAUCGUGUCAUUCCCAAUUUCAUGUGCCAAGGUGGUGAUUUCACCAAUCACAAUGGCACUGGUGGCAAGUCCAUCUAUGGUUCCAAGUUCGAGGAUGAGAACUUUACGCUUAAGCAUCUUGGACCGGGUACCCUGUCCAUGGCUAAUGCUGGACCCAAUACCAAUGGAUCCCAGUUCUUCAUCACCACGGUGAAGACAUCCUGGUUGGACAAUCGCCAUGUGGUGUUCGGCACUGUUGUUGAGGGCAUGGAUGUAGUGAAGAAGAUUGAGGGCUUCGGCAGCCAAUCUGGCAAGACAUCAAAACAAAUCGUGGUCUCUGACUGUGGACAGCUGUCAUAAGUGGGAGUGUUGAUCGCUCGCAUUUGCUUUCCAAUAAUUCCUCCACCCUCUCCCAAAAUUUUCAAUGAAAAAGGAAUGAAAAUAAUUAAAACUCACAGUCAUUUUCUCACAUUAUUUUGCCACUCAAUUAAAGCAAAUGAAAUGGUAUAUGAGGAGCAUUUAUGGUGUCCGUAGGAAUUUGGAGAUGAAGGAUUAGAAAUUAAUCAUAAAUUUGUAAAAGUGACCCGAACAUCGCAAUUAAUUACAUCUUUUUUCCCCGCUCCCCCUUCUAUUGAUUUACUCUAAAGCAUUUGUAAGACAUUUAAAUGGUAGAUGAAAAUGAUAAUGAAAAAAAGAAAAAUCCCAAUUAACGCUUUUUUGUAAUUCCAUUUUCACACAAUAAAAUGUUUUCCCUUUUUUUAAAUCAAAAUUCACACUUUUCUUCAUUGCUAAAUGUACCAUUAUUAUUAAUUUUUUUUUAAUCACAACACGUUUAUUGAUUAGCAAAGUCUCUUUUUUUUGGUGAAAAUUCUAAUUGAGGAUAUCAUUGGUAUUCUUUAUAAACUGGAUGGAAACUGAGUUUUUAAGUUUUUAAGAAUUAAAGAAAAUUUAAUUGAA